AUGUCCAAAACACGCUGUAAAGUGGAAGAGAAGAGUGAAGACAUGAGCGUAAAUCCAGUCAACUCAAAUGCUCAGGAGCGAGGGCCGCAAGUCGACUGGAGAACCGUGGCCUGGAGGACCGUGGCCUGGAGGACCGUGGCCUGGAGGACCGUGGACUGGAGGACCGUGGACUGGAGGACCGUGGCCUGGAGGACCGUGGCCUGGAGGACCGUGGCCUGGAGGACCGUGGCCUGGAGGACCGUGGCGGACUGA